AUGAAGAGGUUUCUGAACAUGGUGCUACGAAGCCUGGUCAGCUUGUCUAAGGACCAGCCCUGGCUGCCCAGGAGAGCCCAGUUGCAGAGGAAAGAGGACAGGAAACCGAAGGCGUCGCUCAGGGCGACUAAGAUGAUCCUGACCGUGUUCCUGAGUGACAACGAGCAGAUCCUGACGGAGGUUCCCAUUACUCCGGACACUUUGUGUAAGGAUGUGGUGGAGUUCUGUAAGGAGGCUGGGGAAAGUGGAUGCCAUCUGGCUGAGGUGUGGAAAGGCAAUGAGAGAGCGAUCCCAUUCGACCACCUAAUGUUUGAGCACCUGCAGAAAUGGGGCCCGAGGAGGCAGGAGGUCAAAUUUUACCUCCGACACGAGGACUUUCCCACCGAGAGCGGCCAUCGGGGCCAGUCUUUCCAGGACCAGGCUAACGGAACGAGCAGAGGGAGUGUUGAGAAGCCUUCUGAGAAUGGGGUUGGGAGUCCUCGUGUAGAGCUGACUUUGUCGGAGCUUCAGGAGAUGGCGAUGAGACAGCAGCAACAGAUUGAGGCCCAACAGCAGAUGCUCAUAGCCAAGGAACAGCGGUUGCGUUACCUAAAGCAGCAGGAACCACGGCAGGGCCAGUGUGUCUCUGAGAGUGAGAAGCUCCAGAGGCUGAAGGAGAGGGUGGACAGUCAGGAGGCUAAGCUGAAGAAGAUCCGCACCAUGAGGGGCCAAGUGGACUACAGCAAACUCAUCAAUGGAAACCUGUCUGCUGAGAUUGAGCAUGUGAGCAGCCUGUUUCAGGAGAAGCAGGCAGAGUUACAGUCAGCCGUGCUAAGGGUAGACCAGCUCACCCAGCAGCUGGAGGACCUACGCCGGGGUCGACUCAAUGGUCUGCAGCCGCUUGGAGGACAACUGACCGGGGCCGCUGCACUGGAGCUCCGCAAACUCUACCAGGAGCUACAGAUCCGGAACAAACUGAACCAAGAGCAGAACAGCAAACUGCAGCAGCAGAAGGACAUGCUGAACAAACGGAACAUGGAGGUGUCCAUGAUGGAUAAACGUAUCGGGGACCUGCGAGAACGCCUCUACAAGAAAAAAGCUGAGCUGAACAGGAUGAACGGACCCCCGUCUCCGCAGCUCCCUCCUGGGAGUUCGGGGCGAGUGGCCGCGGUGUGCCCCUACAUCCAGGUCCCGGUGCCGGGGAGACAGGAAGGGGGUUACGUUUUGCCCCCAGACCCCCUUAAACCGCAGCCCCUGUCUGUCACCGCCGCGGUCAACCAUGCCCGCUCCAAAUCAGAGGAGGAUGGGGUCAGGAAGCCUGAAGGCCCAUGGAAGGUCUCAGAUUUAGACAUCAUAGUGGACCCUAUGGUGCCAUCUGCUGAGCUGAGAGAGGGGCCCGGGUCCCCCUCAGGCUCCAACUGUCCGUCCACCAAUGAUGCAAACUGGUCCUGUCUCAGUAAAAAUAUGGCCUCGCUCAAACCUCCAGAUUGGAAGGACGCCAACCAAGACCCAGCAGGCAAGAUAGCUCCUGGAGUGCCCACUGACAAGAGCUCCAGCAGGCUUUUAGGGACAGUAACAGCUCUGUCCAAGCAGCUGCCCCCUACUUAUGGCACGUAUCCCACUGCUGGGCACCACUCCACCGUGUGUGCCACCAGCACGUUGCCUCGCUCGGCACCUGCCACUCUGACCGGGCAAAGGGCGCCCCCUGUGGCCGGCUCCUCCUCUCAGCAGAUCCAGCAGCGCAUUACGGUGCCCCCUAGCCCGACGCCUCAGGCCGGGUCGCCCCUCUUCCCAGGCGGGGAGAGAUCAGAGCCCCCCCUGGCUGUGGCGGUGCGUCCCUUCGUCCCGGAGAGGGACUCUCGUCCCCAGUCUCCCAGGAAGGGCCCUGCAACCAUGAACUCCAGCUCCAUUUACCACAUGUACCUACAGCAGCCGUCGGCCAAAGGCUAUCCCGGCGCCGGCAGCAGCAGCAGCAGCAGCAGAUGCGCGGUGAAAGCAGUCUAUGGGAAACCGAUCCUGCCUGGCUCCACCUCUCCGUCUCCCGUGCCCUUCCAGCAUCACGUGCACAGGGACGACGUCGACAAAGAGGCAGAGCCCGAGAGUUCGCCCCUCCCUCCCCCCAGCGUUGAGAGCAUACCCCGCCCGCUCAGCCCCACCAAACUGACCCCGGUCGCCCACUCCCCCCUGCGUUACCAAAGCGACGUGGACCUGGAGGUGCUGCGCAGGAAGUUGGCCAACGCUCCUCGACCGCUGAAGAAGCGUAGUUCCAUUACAGAACCAGAGGGGCCCAGUGGACCCAACAUCCAGAAGCUUCUGUACCAGCGCUUUAACACCCUCGCUGGGGGCAUGGAGAGCGGAACUGGCAUCAUGCCUUUCUACCAGCCUGACAGCCCAGUCAGCUACGUGGGUUCUGUCCUGGGUGAUGUGGACACUGCCAAUGGGAACUUACCUGAAUCAAGCAUCCAUGCUGUCCCUCCAGCUGAGCUUCAUACUCCAAACUCUGUCCGCUCUGCAUCUACGUCACCCUCUUCUGACGCCAACGAGAACCGGCUAGCUCACCCACCUGCAGACCCAGGCUCCUCCCAGCCUGUCAAUGCCAAACCCCCAACUCCGCCCAGUCAGGGGAAGGACAUUUCUGAGGACAAUAAUAACAACAACCAUGCAGGAUCCACAGGCACCGUGCCCAGACCGGUCCCAGAGACCCGGACCCCUGCGGAACCGGUGUGCACUACGCAACCUAACUGCCUGUUUCCUUAUAUUCUACAGGUCAAACGGACCAACCUGAAAAAGCCUGGCUCAGAAAGAACUGGCCAUGGCUUGCGGGUCAAGUUCAACCCACUGGCCCUGCUGCUGGAUGCUUCUCUGGAGGGAGAGUUUGAUCUGGUGCAAAGGAUUAUCUAUGAGGUGGAUGACCCUAGCACUCCUAAUGAUGAAGGCAUUACACCACUGCAUAAUGCAGUCUGUGCAGGACACCAUCACAUUGUGAAGUUCCUGCUAGACUUUGGGGUCAAUGUCAAUGCAACAGACAGUGAUGGAUGGACCCCUCUGCACUGUGCUGCCUCCUGCAACAGUGUCCACCUCUGCAAACUGCUGGUCGAGUCUGGUGCUGCCAUCUUUGCCACCACCAUCAGUGAUGUGGAAACAGCUGCAGACAAGUGUGAGGAGAUGGAGGAAGGUUACAUCCAAUGUUCUCAGUUUCUCUAUGGUGUGCAGGAGAAGCUGGGGGUGAUGAACAAGGGGACAGUGUACGCUCUGUGGGACUAUGAAGCUCAGAGUGAAGAUGAGCUCUCCUUCCACGAGGGAGACUCUCUCGCUGUCAUAAGUCGUAGAGACGACGCCGAGACGGAGUGGUGGUGGGCGCGGCUUAACGACAAAGAGGGAUACGUCCCACGCAACCUUCUCGGGCUGUACCCACGGAUCAAGCCCAGGCAGCGCUCCCUGGCAUAGUGCCCUCUGGUGGUCUGGACGGGCAUUGCAGGCUGUUAUGACUCAGUGGAGCUGUGGAGGGAAUGUUGUUUGCCUUGGACUUGAGAUGACAGAGAGCAUGGCUAAUAUGUAGUGGAGCAUGUCUGGAGCUGGACCCGAUCAUGUACACCAUAGGAAAAAAGAAAACGUCAAGGUCCAGUCU